CGUAGAUUUAACUCAGAGACGCAGUUGCUGCUGUCACAAUUGCUCCAGGAUUCUAAAUUGUGCAGAUCUCUUCUUCACACCGCAAACAUGGAUCUGAAACUAAUCGUAAUAUUCGCUCUGAUGGCGGUCGUCAUUCAUGCACCGGUUUCAAAUGCCAAGCCAAUUAGCCUGGUAGAGAGAUGCUGGUGCCGUUCCACAAUCAACACAGUCCCACAGAGAAGCAUUCGCGAGCUCAAGUUCCUCCACACACCAAACUGCCCCUUCCAAGUCAUUGCUAAACUGAAGAACAACAAGGAGGUGUGCAUUAACCCAGAGACCAAAUGGCUGCAACAGUACCUGAGGAAUGCCGUGAACAGAAUGAAAAAAGCUCAACAACAGCAGAACUAAGAAGUCUGUCCAGAUGACAAGAGAAUCUGACAGCCCACCGUCACAGAUAUGUACCAUAUAGUCCUCUGGCAUGCUUGCUGACCCAGCACUUAACCUGCCAAAUAUGCAUCCCCAGUAAAUGACCACCAGACCAUCAUUGCCACCCAUGUAGUCUCCUCUGUUAGCACCAAGUGCAAUUUUAUAUGUAUGACUGUAUUUUUUUCUUUUUUACAUAUGAUGUAUAUACAAUGUUUUUAUAUAUCGUCUUAAAACAGUAAAGAGCUAUUUUUGGAGUCGUGCUUGCUCCUUGUUUGUUGGGUUAUGUUGGGUUAGGCAGAACGGCAAUGAGAUAAUGAGGUAUUUUGGAGCAAACAUUCAAAACUCUGAAAUAUAUUUUAAUCUCAGAUAUUAAAGAAUAUGUGACUUUACAUUAGCAGGACUGAAUUUCUGACAAUUCAUAUGCAUGCAAGUGCUUUGACAGAAAAAUAAGGGCAUUGAUUUUUUACUAUUUCGUUAUGUAUUUUACUACUUCAUAACUUAGACAUCUGUAACAGCAUAAACUACAUGUAAACAUUAUAUAGCAUAUCAAAAAAAGAGUCACUUGUUUUUGUUCUUGGAAAAGGCAGGUUACUUUGCAAAACAAACAUGAACAUUUACCCAAAUGGUUUUUGAAUGACUUUAUGUAAUAGGUUUGGUGGAAGGCAUUCGAACACCGAUAGAAAGUCUUUUGCAACGUUCUGUAUAUACCAAAACAUCUGUGCUUGCAAAUGUUAAUGGACCGAUCAGAGUGUGCGUAAGGAGCUUGGUGUCACAACAUAAUAAAUCUUGCUCCAGCAGAAUUAUGUAAUGAACAGAGACAUUAGAGAUGUCAGUCAACAAAGAAAAACAAUUCAGGUUAGUGAAUUAAAAGCAGUGUUCUGCAAAUACUAAUUCAUUCAAUGAUGAAAACUGAAUUUAAAGCAUGGUAGGCAUGCUAAUCUCAAAAAACAAAACAAAACAAAAACAGCAGUGUUAGUGGAACAUUUGAGGCAGACCUUGAGGUAGAACUAAUUGAUGUAAUGACUACCUACUGUAUAUAUAACAAUGCACUUUAUAACCCCUUGUGACAUUGACAGAAAAAAAAAGAUUCUGAAUGACACGCAUGACGUAGUGAAUAGUUCCAGCGUCUUUGUUUAGAUGUAGUUAUGACUGUAUUGCCAAAUGUAUUAAACAUCUGUAUCUUCAGCAUCAGAAUUAUUUUGGGGUUUAUUUGAUUUGAUUCCCCCCCUAGUGAAGAACAACCUAAGUGAGUCCCUUGGAAAACCAUUUUGUCUAGGAAUACACAUAAUGUGAACACCAAACAUAUAGCAAAGUAUGUCAAUGCCUUCUACCUCUCCAAAGAAAAUUAGUGUAUGGAAAUUGUGUUACAUUACUCCCAAUUUCAUAAUGUU